GUAUAUUCUAUAAAUAAAUUAGCUCACAAUAUAUAGGCAGUAACAUUUCUUUAACACAUCCAUGUCAUACUUGAAUCAAUAGGACAAAGAACUUCUUGUGUAUGAACUGUGCACUUUCUACUGAGCCUGAAAAGAUCAGGGUGUAGCAAGAUGGCUGACUUCGUACAGCAGAUUCCUGCUUGGUGGUUGCUAAGUUACCAGUAUACAGAAUUGUAAUAGCAGAUAUGCUCAGAGUUCCAGCACCGUUCGCAGCAUGGAAGGCAUGAUGUCACCCUGUGUAAGAGCUCAAAGGAAGAGGAGCACAAAGAAGAAAAGCCACCUAUGGGCAGAACACUUGCAGAAAGGGAUCAAGAUACCUACCACUCCUUCCUCAAUUCCUACGAAACACCAGACUGUGUUUAUUGCCGAGUCAGAAAAGAAAGGUUUCAACUCCAGAUCGCUGAGAUUUUCUUACAAUCUAAAUCAGAAUGAAAAUCCCGGCCCAGGAUCCUAUAAUGUUUCAAACGGACCAGAUAUCAACAAUGUCUCUUUAUCAGCAAAAGGGACUGGAGGCUUUCCUUCAAAGGCCCCACGAAGUACGUUCUUUAGGGUCAGUCGGACCCCUGCACCAAACUCAUACUACAUAAAAGAUGCCCUGUUUGCAAAACAGGAUUUUAACAAAAGCAACUCUAGCGUGUUCCAUCAGCCUAUAGCUAUAAAAGUGGAAGACACAAAACUUCAGACACCAGCUCCAAAUCAGUACAAUGCAUCUAUAAAUUGCUGUCUUCCCAAUAACAAUGUAUCUGCUCAAGCUGCUUUUGUCUCAAGAACAAAGAGGGAGACUGUACAGCUAAACCCUCUUAAAGUACCUUCACCUUGUCACUAUACAGUCAAUGAUUCGCUAACUAAAGAGUCUCCUAAGGUUCUGGUGUCAUGCUUCAAGUCAAAGACUACUCGGGAUCCAUUGAAUGUGGCCUUGAAUAACCCAGGACCAGCCAGCUAUGACCCAUUUGGAUGCCCUGAAAUAGGAAAGAAGACUGUUUUCCCGAGGAAACAUUACCUCUGUUUCUCAGCCCCAGCAGUACCAGUUCCCAAGACACCAAAUGUUCCAGGCCCUGGAUAUUAUGAAAUUGUUGACUAUGAAGGACCUCCCAAACAGUACAUUUCCAGCUCUGCAUUUGUAUCCAACACAAGUCGAUGGGCUGGAAAUGCUUAUGGAGCAGAUGUACCUGGUCCAGGAUCCUACAAUCUUGAUCACCUAGGAAAACAAUCAUUUCUCUUCAAUAAUAACCAGAAAUGGAUUCCAGCAUAAGAAGGGAACCAGAAAAGCAAAAGUUGUAUUGGGCUACAUCUUGCGUCUAGUGCUUCGCUUAGAUCAAACCUGACCAUCUCAGCAUUUACUUCUGACAGUCCAAACACAAUCAUAUGCAGCUUUUAUUGUGGAAAUAUAUGCAUAUCAUUUUUCCCAGCAUCAAAGCAGAACUCCAGUCUAUGGUUAAGCCUACGCAACCAUCCAAUCCCCCCCCCCCCACUCCCCAGCACAGUAACAUCACUGGCCCUUCCUUUUCUCCUUCCGUGACAAUGUGACAGUAAUUCUUCCUCGUGGACUGAGUGGUGUUUACGUAAUGAACUAAUGAUGUGUGCGCACUGUUCGGUGCAGUACUACUAUGAGCACAGGUUCAAUUAUGAUGGGUAGGUCAAUGACAGCCUAGGCUCAGAAGAAGUAGGUUUAAUGAUGCUGGUUGUCCCUAGGUUUGGUAGACUGGCAAUAUAGCGGAGGAGAGGAAGCACUGCAAGGGACAGCAACCCUUUUUUUUUUUUUUUUAAGGUUACAGGGAGUUCUGCUUUAAGGUGUCAAAGGCGUUUGAACUUGUUUUGUUGAGGUUUUACUUAUUCAAUUUUGUGUUCAUUUUGUACAUGUAAAAUUCUAUAUCUUUAAAGGAGUUGUAAGGGAAAAAAAUGUUUUGCCUAAAAUUAAUGUCUGCAAGGUAGACAGA